AUGUCGCUACUCGUCAUGUCAACAGAUCCUCCUUCUACUCUGGAUCGACUAUCGCCUUCCUGGUUACGACGCCCGAUGUCUCGACGAUCAACAUCGCCCCAGAAAGAGUCGCGGCCGGCAACAGCAAACGGCCUACUUGCACCAGAGCCAGCACAAACAUCUAGCAAUAGCGAUGGCUCACGAUCGCCGCGCUCAAGCUCAUCUGGCCGGCGUGGUUCCGUAAUGGGAUUAGUCAACAGAUUGCGUUCGCCAUCAAAUGCUAGCCUCGCAAGUAACAAGUCGCAAGACGCAGACUUUAGUGAGAUCGAAAAUUGGUUCUUCGGAUUCCGAAAGUACAACCAACUAGUCAGCAGCACCAUAACGCCGAAUCAGACCUAUCCAUCGAAGGAGUUUUCAAAAGCCACCAAAGCGCUGACGAAGAACUGUGGGGGCAAAUUUCUCCACGGGUUACCGGAGGCUGUAUUCGACUUUUCUCUACUAUGGUGUCCUGCAGGGCAGAUGACCAGAAAAAAUACCAACGAACCAUCCUGGAGCUGGUCCGCGUACGAAGGUCCCGUGAACUUCCCAUUCGACCCAACGAGCUGCCCAGAUGUUUACAAAAUUCCACGAAGCGAGGGCGAGUGGUUCCAGUCAGAGGUUGUAAACUUUCACAUCGGGCCUCAAUCUGCGCAAUAUACAGUCCGACGCGAGAAGGGCAACUCCCUGCGCAUCAAAUAUCCGCCUUAUUUCCACGCGCCACGCGGGUCAGAUCACAGCAAUGAGUCGAAUACAUUACGAUUCACAGCGAAAACUAUCUCCGCCAACGCCUUUAUCGCCGAACAAAUACAGCAUGAAGAGAAGGAUAUCCCAUGCUCACACCUCAUCAAUGAACAGAACUUGCACUGCGGCGUCAUCAUGGAUUACGAAUCCGUGAUAUCCGAACCAUCAUCCACAGGUCCCUUCGAGUUCGUCCUGCUAUCGCGCAGCUUAUGGCGCGAUCCCUCACCCGAUAAUCGGAAACCUGGUUCGAACACCAUGCAUCCCCCAGGUACACCAAUCUGGGACGGAGAGCGGUUCUUAUGGGAUUCCAGGGUCGAUGAUCACGACGAGCAGUUUGCGACGGGACCCUGGAAGAUGCUGAAUGUCAUGCUGAUUAAGUGGGUCGGUGAGCAUGCAGAGCGAGUGGCUAUUGCACGGAUGCACGAAGACGAGUGGAAACGACAUAAUCCUACGAGGUCGGACAUUGUACUUCGAUGA